AUGCUUCAGCAGCGGUCUUCACGAUUGCUCUCGUCCUUGGCCCGUGGUGCCUUUCGUUCGCCUGUAGCACCGCUCAGCGCGUCGCUGCGAUGUCGGACCCAGCGGCCAUACAGCAUUCAUGCUGAUGUCUCUGUUGGCGAGAAGAUACAGGACAUCGACCCUACCAAGCUCUCCAUCACCAAGACGACCACACCAAAAGACCUCCUGCCGCAUGAGGAACUUGUCUUUGGUCGCAACUUCUCUGAUCAUAUGCUCUCCCUUGAAUGGACAGCAACACAAGGAUGGCUACCGGCACGCAUCACACCCUACCAGAACCUCAGUCUCGACCCUGCGACAUGCGUCUUCCACUAUGCAUUCGAGUGCUUCGAGGGCAUGAAGGCCUACAAGGACAAGAGCGGCAACAUUAGGUUGUUCAGGCCGGACAAGAACAUGGCUAGGUUGAACAAGUCAUCAGCACGAAUUGCAUUGCCUACAUUCGACCCUGAUGCUCUGAUCGAGCUCAUUGGCAAGUUUGUCAAAGAGGACGAGCGCUUUGUUCCCGAUGCACGAGGCUACUCUCUCUACCUUCGCCCAACCAUGAUCGGUACACAGCGCACUCUGGGCGUAGGUCCUCCCGCUUCUGCACUACUCUACGUAAUCGCUUCGCCUGUCGGCCCGUACUACCCUACCGGUUUCAAGGCCAUCUCGCUCGAGGCUACAGACUACGCUGUGCGUGCAUGGCCUGGAGGUGUUGGAGACAAGAAACUCGGUGCCAACUACGCGCCUUGCAUUGUCCCGCAGAUGCAGGCUGCGAGCCGUGGUUUCCAUCAGAACCUGUGGUUGUUUGGCGAAGAAGAGUACAUUACAGAGGUGGGCACGAUGAACUUGUUCGCAGCCAUCAAGAACAAGGAGACGGGAAAGCCAGAGUUGCUCACUGCACCUCUUGACGGAACGAUUCUUGAGGGAGUGACGCGAGAUUCGAUCCUCGAACUUGCGCGCGAGCGAUUGGUGCCAAAGGGUUGGACCGUAACGGAGCGCAAGUUCACCAUGAAGGAGGUGGCCGACGCUGCCAACGAGGGACGCAUGAUGGAGAUCUUUGGUGCAGGUACCGCUGCCAUUGUCGCACCGGUGCGAAAGAUUAGCUGGAAGGGACAGCUUGUCGACUGCGGACUUGAAGACCACGUCGAAGCCGGCCCUGUGGCACAACAGAUGAAGGAUUGGAUGGAGGCCAUUCAGUACGGCGACGAGGACCAUCCAUGGAGUUACAAGGUGAUAUGA